CUUAUGUAUGGAGGAGAAAACUCCCAAGCAGAUUUUGCUACAGGAGAGCAUCAGCGUCAGAAACCAAUCAUGAGUAAUCCUUCUGAGCUAGACUGGUUCACCUUCGAAACCAAGAUUCGUAAAGUUGUCACUGACCUGAUGGAGCCCAGCAUUAAAAGGUCGAUUGAAGAAAAAUAGCUUACUUGUUGAAGUAAAGAAAGACAAUACUAAGCUGGAAAAGCGUAUCAAGAAACUCGAAAGCAUCCUCUUUGAAAACAAGAAGAAAGCAGUCAUCUUCAAAGAGUUCUUCGAAACCAUUUCCCAUGUUGAAGCUGAACAGAAGAAACUUGAACUUGAGUUUACUCAAAAGUUCGCUGCCGUUAAUGAGAGCAUUGAUCACUCAGACUCAAAAAUAGAGGACUUCCGCAUGGAGUUGCAAAAGUAUGAGAAGCAGUUUGCGCAUUUGAGGGAGGACCAGUCCAAUGUGAGGGAGGAACUGGUCAGCUACAAGGAUACAGUCGUCAAGAAGAUUAAUGAUAUCAACGAGAACUUUGUUCAAGAGACUACUAAACUUCGUCUACUUUGAUCUUCUAAUGCUCAAUAUUCCAAGGAUAACAAGCAAGAUAUUAAAGAGCAUGCUAGUAAAAUUAAGGAGUUGGACUACCUUACUACUGAGCAUACCCACAAAAUCUAUGAUAUCAAUGAUUUAGCCAGGAAUAACCUCAAUGAGAAGCUUGAUAUUACUAAAUUUAAUACAGUUCAUGAUGAGAUUGAGAAGAAGAUUGCGUAUAACACAAAAUGCAUCAAGGAUGUAGACAAUAAUCUCAAAGAGACUGAUAAUUUUGUGGAGAAGUACCUUCCAUUCAAACUGUCUAACCUGAUAAAUGAUAUUUUGAAACCAAUUACUGAUGAGAAGGGACCUUUCGCAGGUCUAAUUCCGAACGAAACUCAGCUGAAGAGUAAAAUCCUGUUCAACAUUCUAAAUGAUGAUGGAGAGCCAACACUUGAUAAAGAAGGCAAAGAGGUUAAAAAGCAGAACAAAGCCUUGGUUAAAGAACCUAGCAGAGCUGAUAGAUCCCCUGGAAGGGGAUCUACUAGUUCUAUCUCUAAGGCACAAAGUUUCUCCUACCAAGGUAGUGAGCUAAAGUUGUCACCGAAGAAGGUGGAAGAAGAGAUCAGUAGUUCUGAAUCAGAUAUAAUUCAGGAAGAUAGUUCAUAUUCAUCCCAAAGGCCUGAAUCAGCGAAGAAACCCAUGGCUGAAGUUAAUAAGGAUACGAUCACCAUCUCUGAUGGUGCUUCUAUACAGGGCAAGAUUAGAACUCUAGUAGAGCAUUCUACAUUCCGAGCAGCUGCUUUUGAGAAUUUUCAGGAGACAGAUGAAGAUCAGCGCUUCUUCUCCCAGAGCGAGAAGAUGCUGAAGAUCAAAUACUAUAUUGACCGGAGGAUGAUGGCAGUCAAUGAGAAUGUUCUUGACAGUCAACUCGACAUUGUCAAGAAGAAGAUGAAUGAAUAUGAAGAAACUCUGUUCAAUAAGGUCAACGAUAAAAUCAAGCUAAUGAAUUUUGAUUUUGAAACAAGCAGGAAGGAAACCAUGAACUACACAGGAGACUUGCAUAACGAGCUUGAGCUUGAAAUCCAACGUCGCAAGAAGUUCUUGGAAGAGAUUACAAUGGGCUUUAGAGAAGUUAAGGAAAGCUCAGAGAAUUCUGCUCAGGAGAUCAAGUCUAUUUUCCAUAUUUUGACAGGUGUCUCUGACACUCUUGUCCUAAUCCUUGAGAACGCAUCUCUGGGUGUGAAAAUAAAUGAUUGUAGAGAGCAACUUAGAGUAGAAAUGAUGAAGAAUAUCAACUCAGAUUCCCCUGAAAAGACAUCUGACUCUAGAUGCAAUAGGAAUAUUGCUAAAAUUGGGACAAGAAUGAUAAGGACGCCUUCAACUAACUAUAGGAUCCACUCGAAGCGUUUGAAGACCAAAGAGAGGAAGAUAUUCCUUGACAACCUGACCCCAAGCAAUAAAACCAAGGCUGAAUCUGCAGUUAAGGGAGAUUUAGAUGACCUGAGCACUUCGAUGAUCAACAAGACCAUUCUCUACAAGGGUGAUAAAUUCGAGAUUGAAUCUCUGUGCAACUUCAGGAGCAAAAUAAUUGAGACUCUUGAGAAGACCAAUUUCCCUUGGAAAAGUCUUGUGAAGAAGUCUAUUAAAGCAAUUGAUAGUUUCAGAAAGAAGCAACCUAAAGCUUUACUGCAGGUAAAAGAGGCUACAGAAAUUCCCUUAGGUCCAACUGAGCCAACAAGGUUUAAUCCAGAGACAGAGUCAGGAGGCAUGGUCUCACCUGGGAGAGACAAUGUAUAUGAGGACCACCAUCAUUUCACUGAAGUUGAGCCGAAUAGAAAGUUAAGCACACCUUUGUUCACAAAGAAGACUCCCUAUGUGCAGAAGAUCAGACCAGCUACAGGAUUAGUAUAACGAA